AAACAAUCCAUGUUUGAUUUUCCCUGCAAAAAAAAAAAAAAAAAGAUACAUUGAAAAAAUAUUAGUCAGUAGAAACGGUUCCUUAAAAUAGAGGUACCGAUGAAAAAGAGGAAAAACUAGAGAAAGAACGAAAAAGAAAACGCCAAGAUGUUGAAAAUGGCAACGAAGAAGAAGAAGAGAGACAGAAUACAGGAUCGAAAUAACGUAAAUUAUCAAAAUUCUGAAUAAAAUGAAAGUGGUAAUCAAGAAUCGGGAGGAGAUGAAGACGAUGAAGAUGGAGAAAAUCAAGAAGAGAAUGAUGACAACGGAGAAGAGGAGGAAUCGCAAAAAUGGCCUCUCUUCUUCAUCUUCAUUUCAUCUUCCUUAUCGCACUCCUAGUAAUUUCCCCUGCAAUAUCAAACAAUUGUUCUUCUUCUCAGGCGCCAAUCUCCGAUAAUACUUACUUCGCUGACUGUACCGAUCUCUCUUCUCUAAAAUCGUCUGUUCACUAGACUUAUAGUUCAACAAAUUCGACAUUUUCAAUUGCUUUUGUUGCUCCUCUGCAUUCUUCUAAUGGUUGGAUUUCAUAGGGAAUUUACCCAAUGGUAAUGGUAGACAAAGUGAUGAUAAAACGGGUAGAUCUUCAAGAAUUUAAAGUAAUAAUACUAGUUUUUACAUCUUUCUUACGUUCCUUGGAGUUGUGUUUUUUUAACUCGAUCAAAUUGACAAUGUUCCAAUUUAAAAUGAUUCAAUAAAUUAGUUGUUAUUUAAAAAAAAGAGGAGAAAGAAGAUGACGACAACAACAAGAAGAAGACAACAACAAAGAAGAAGAAGAAGAACACGACGGUAACGAAGAAGAAGAAGAAGAAGAUCAAAGUUAAAACGGAUGGGGCUUUUUUAGGUGGAUAUAUGAGUUUUUAAAUGGAAAAAUGACAAAAAUCCCUCCUUUAAGUUAACUUAUUACCCUUACCUCCUAUUAGUUUUAAAAUACCUAAAAUGCCUUAUUGUUCUUUUUAACUCAAAAAUCUCGCCGGAUAAAAUAUUGGGCUUCCUACACGCUAAACUAGCAGUUCUUCCUUUUCUUAUUCUCUAGAUUUUUUAAGUCAAAAAUCUCGCUGGAUACAAUAGUUGAUAUCUCCAAUAUUUUUCAAACUCAAGUCUCUCUGUGUGCAUACUCUAGGUAAUGUCUUUACUUAUCUUGAAAUCCUCUUUGUUUCUUCUUAUACUUUUGAAAUACUCUUUUGUUUGUUCUUCUGAUGGUUGAAUCAAAUGGAUGAUGCUAACACUAAUCAGAUAUAUGACUAUAAAGAUAUUAGUUGGGUGGAGAACAUAUCCAAAAAGCUUCAAGACCCAUUGUUAAUGGUGAAUGUAAAAGAUGGAAAGAAGAAAAAUGAUGGUGCUUCAUCUUCAAAAAUCCAGGUUCCUAAAACCCCCAAAAAAAGGGAUCGAAAAGUUACUCCUGCAAUUUCUCGACCUACAUUACCUGAGAAAAUAUCUGCCAGAUCAUUUUCAAUCUCGGAUGAAGAGGUAAUCGAAGAAGACAAUGUGAAUCAAUCUGAAACUACUAAUCAAUUUGUUGAACCUAGUUUUCCAAUUGAUAUGGAAUUUGUAAACAAUGUCCUUGUUGAGAACCCUGAUGUAGAGGCUGAAGAAGAAAUACAGAUACAACAAUAUGAGGUCUUAGAGGAUGAUGAUACAUUAAAGGAUAAAAAAGGCAACAAUGAUAUAAUGGAACCACCAUCUACAGUAGAGGUUCCUCUUGCAGGAACUAUAUCAGCCAAAAUUUCUUUUGUUGAUACAUCAAAGGAUCCACAAGAUGGUGAGGAGUAAAUGAUGAAGUUGUAAGUACAAGUUUAUGUAUAAGUAUAUUAAUUUAUUCAUCAAAUAAUUUAUUCACAG